AGUAAAUUAGCUGACAGUGCUGACAGUUGAGUUGACAGAUAAUAAAAGAGAAAGCUGAAAAAAAGAAAAUUCGUUAAGAGCUGUAUUUAUAAUUGUACAUAUUUUCAAACCUAUAUUUAAUGGAAAAAGGGAAAUUAUAUUCUAUUCCAGGGACUGUGAUAAGUACCCAACAUGGACAUCUAUUAGUAUCUUCAGGGAUUGAUUCUCUGGAUACAGUUUUAGGAGGAGGUUUACCAGUGGGAACAGUAGCUUUAAUAGAGGAAGAUUUUCGAGGACUGUACUCAAAAGUUCUACUUAAAUAUUUCUUAGCAGAGGGAUUAACAGCGAAGCAUUCCAUUUUUAUAGCUAGUCAAGAUGUUAAUCCAGCAAAUAUAGUUAGUGAAUUACCUGCUGUGAUUGAAAGUGAUCCAGAACCAGAGAACCCUUCAAAAGGGCAUGAAAUUAAUGAUAAAAUGAAAAUAGCAUUUCGAUAUCAAAAUAUAUCCUCAGCAAUGCAGAGCUCUCAUAUCAAACAUAUCGGUCAUCAUUUUGAUUUAUCAAGGACUAUGUCUUUUAGUGAUUUAGAAAAUUCAGAUAUUUAUUAUUGGACAGGCCAAAGAAUAGAAACAGGUACAAAUUCAUUUUUAAAUCCUGCUUAUAAUGAUCUCUUGAAAUCAGUUAAGGAUAAAAUUAAAGAGGGAAAGUUCUUUUUGAAAGACAAUCCUGAAAGUAAAACAAUACUUCGAAUAGGAAUUCAUUCUUUAGGUUCUCCAAUGUGGUUACCAUGUAGAAAAUCUAUACACUCAAUGGAUAGUAGUAGCCAAGAUUUAAAUAUGUUUAUUUUUUGCCUUCGGGCUCUAGUUAGAUCUGCUAAUGCUGUAGCUGUUAUUACAGUUCCCUCAUAUUUAUAUGGGGAGGAAUCUUUAGAGAGAUGCAUUCACUCUAGUGACAUAUCAAUGAGGCUCCAAUCUUUUACUGGUACUGAAUUAGAGAACAAUCAAAGUUUACAGGACUACCAUGGUUUUUUCUAUUUAACAAAAUUAGCAGCAAUAAAUUCUUUAGCCUCAAAGCAUCCUGGUUCUGUAGAAUACGUCUUUAAAUUAAGAAGGAAGAAGUUUGUUAUUGAUAUGCUACACUUGCCCCCUGAUAUAGGAGAUGACAAAGAAAAUAAAAAGAAAGAAUCUGUACCAAUGUUAGGUUGUGGAGGAAGUAACAAACACUUAUUGGAAUUUUAGUGAUAUUGUACCUUAAUGAAUUAUUUCUAAUUAUUUAUUACAGAGUAUUAUAUUUUGGACAUUGACGAAUAAAUUUUUAUAUCAGUAUUGAAUAAAU